GUGGGAAGCUGUCUCCACGAUCGUGUGUUUCUGGGUAAGGUUUGCCGCAUGCGCGUAAUAGUUUUCCGUGGGAUUGGCAAGACCAAUCCGGGCGUGGACUCUUCUUCUCCAUCAUACCUUCACGACAGACGCUAUUCUCAAGCCCUGAAGAAGUAACAUCGCAUUGAUCACUUAACUCAACGCAACCGAACCAUCAUGUGCGCAACACACGCCCAGACUGCGACAGAAAGCAGGCCAGAUGCCUCAAGCCAAACCCAGAUCCGCGCGUCUGUCUUGCAUGGCGCAAAAGACCUGAGAAUCGAAUCACGCUCAAUCUUUCCUCCAGGCCCAACAGAGCUGCAAGUCAGCAUUCGUUCCACAGGACUCUGUGGCUCGGACCUUCACUACUACAGGCAUAAUCGUAACGGCGACAUCAUCGUACAAGAACCGCUCUCUCUUGGCCACGAAUCUGCAGGUGUUGUUGUUGGUGUUGGCUCAGAGGUCAAGAACUUCAGUGUUGGUGACAAGGUAGCACUAGAAGUUGGCCAACCUUGCGAGAUUUGCGAGAGGUGUAAAGAGGGGAGGUAUAACAUUUGCAAGAGCAUGAGGUUCAGGAGUAGUGCGAAAAGCUUCCCACAUGCACAAGGAACGCUGCAGGACAGGAUCAAUCACCCUGCAGCCUGGUGCCACAAACUGCCUGAAGAUAUGUCACUCGAUCUCGGUGCGCUACUAGAGCCAUUGAGUGUGGCUAUUCAAGCAGCGAAAAGAGCGCAGUUGCAAGCCGGUGCGACAGUGUUGGUCUUUGGUGCAGGUGCCGUGGGUCUGCUGGUUGCCGCAAUGGCCAAAAUUUCAGGCGCUGGCACAGUGGUCAUUGCAGACAUUGACCAAGGACGAGUGGAUUUUGCUGUCAAGAAUCAUUUCGCCGAUCACGCCUUUACAGUACCGAUGAAGCGUGGCAACACGAUCGAAGAACAGCUUGAUAUUGCAAAAGAGACAGCUGCAGCGAUCGGGAAAUCUCCAAAGGGUAGUGCUGGAGAGAUUGGUGAGGUUGAUGCUACAUUUGAGUGCACAGGUGUGCCCUCAUGUGUGCAGGCGUCGAUAUACGCUACUCGACCAGGAGGUAAGAUGCUACUUAUCGGUAUGGGAACACCAAUUCAGACUCUGCCGAUCUCUGCUGCAGCCCUUCGCGAGGUCGACAUUCUCGGCGUGUUCAGGUAUGCGAAUACGUAUCCAACUGGCAUUGAGGUUGUUUCCAAGAAGGGGCCAGAGUACCCCGAUUUCUCGAAGCUUGUCACACACAAGUACAAAGGCCUUGAGGCCGCCGACGAAGCGUUCGACAUGGCCGGCAGGACAAAAGAUGACAGUGGUAAUCUGGUCAUUAAGGUUGUACUAGAGACUGGCGAAGAGAAGGCGAGCUUGUAAGUAUCAUGUAUGGUGUUGCUAUUCGCGUCUGAAGAGCUCGUUGUACAUACGGAGUAGACCACUUUAAACCAAAGCAAUGACGUAUGCGGAACAGUCGCUUGUCUGCAAGUCAACCCGUGACACAUAUGCUGAUUAUUGCAGAUCAUCUCGACUGUCACCAUAGAGACAAUGCGCUGCCAAUUUGCUGAGCAUAUUCGCUUUCUUCCCGUGCCUUCAAGAAGCCGAAGGGCACUUGUUGUGGUGGAG